UUGAGGUAAGAUAGUGCUUCACAUUUUGACACAUUAUAAGUAAUCGAUGGUGAUAAUGACAGGAGUUGGUACUGACUUCUACGGUGCAAAAGAAUGGGCUUUGUUAGGAACAUUUUGGGGAGGUUGGGCAUGGUGAAUAGACACUCAUUACUGGUUAUGUAACACUAUACGCGUAGUUAUCCGUGGUUAGGGUAGGCUGCUAUUACAGCAAGUUCGAUCGUACCCGCCACACCAUUUCACUCACUGGUUGACAGGACAAGUUGACAAGGAUAUACUGGCUGGAUUUCUCGGGAGUUUUUGAAGGGGCUCCGUGGUAUUCGCUUCUUCCGGGUUAGAAUAGUCGAAUUGUGAUUCUCAUAAAACGACAUCUACUGGUGAUACUUUGUGUAAGAUUUUGACUUGUGUCUGACCUAACCGGAACAAAUAGCAAGAAAUGGCGUGGUCAGGUGAAGGCAGCGAGUAUGACGAAGGUGAAGAUGAAGAGACGGCUACUGACAUCGAUGAUCUCCCGGAUGAAGAACUCAUCGUGGUCCUUCGAGAUGAACAGAACAGUAUCAAGGAGGCACAACGUCUCAUUCAUAAAGAAAUCAAGUCAAUCCGUCGAGAAUUGAAGAGACUCAUAAGACAUUAUGCUGCUGCACACCCCAACCAGCAGGUUGAUGUACAACAACAUCAACGAAUCAGGUCUGUUGACUCUGGUCUAGGGGAGGUGAACUAUUCAACUGACUAUACCACAGCCAGUGAGGUCGCAUCAUCACAUGAGGACAGUGAGGUGGGAUACCAAGCCUUUCUUGAUCAUGACACUGAUCAGUUAGUCACACCUCUGAAAGGGGAUGGAAUGUACAGUCAGCAAUCUUCAGAGGUUUACGAAGCAGGCACAGGGUGUGAGGAGGAAGGGUCCACAGUACUCCCACCUCCAAAUUACAAGGGAAGUUUUGAACAUCCCAGCAAAACUGAAAAUGGCUUCAGGUCUGGCUAUGGGAUUCCUCUGCACUGGAGCAACAGUGAAAUAACACCGGCUCUGGAUGAUCACACUCGGGGGAAGAAUUCUACUUAUGAAGAUGCCUACAGCAUGGUGAGAAGGAGGCAUAGUGCAGACAAGCCACUCAAGAACAGCACGUCUAAAAGCUCCGGUAACAGGUGGAAAUCAAUUAUUCAUAAGCAUGGCCAGAAAAUCUAUUCCAUCCCAGAAUCUCAUCAGAAUCAUCUAAUACAAGAAUCCGUCCAGAGCUCAGGAGAUGAGUCACUAAGUUUUCAAGACUUAACAGGGUAUCGUAAUAAUGAGUUUGACCAACCCAGAAGAUACAGUUGCUCUCGAUUACAGAGUAGAACAGAACGCUAUAGUACCAGGCAAGUGAAAAGAACCCAGUCAGCUCAGCAUAUCGAUGUCAGAAAGGAUACCAUGUCUGGAUCAGAUUCUUCUGCAACAAAUGGGAACCAGGGGUUCCCUAGGCCAAACAUGCCCAUAUUAAAGAAAACUGACUCUUCAAGGUUUCUUUUGAGGCCAGAGAGUGGGAAUGAAGUGCUUUCAGACAGACCCCCAUCGGUAGCCAGCGACACAUCAGAAAGGACCUCAUCAAUCCGUCAGUGGAAUGGGAAGUCUAGAAUGCCUGCACAAAGCUCGGAGGAUGAGGUUAGGGAUUUGCCACGAUUUUCAGACAGGAGCUAUGAUUGCUACUUUGAUGCCGAGAGUUACAAUCAGUCUCCACAUUUUUCCCCUGGGCUCUCAAAGCGGACAGGCUCCUCCAAACAUCAUCAGCAGCAAGGAGUAAGUCCAACGAGAAUUAAGAGAGCCUCAUCAUCUCCGAGUGGUACUUCCAAAAACACAAGCAGUGCAAGGUCUAGGAAUGCCAGGCAAAGUCACACUAAUAGGGACGACAUUCACAGAAAUGCUUUCAUGGAUGAAAACUGGAAUGCAGAACCUUUACCUGAGUCCCAGUCUGACCUCUCAUAUCCAAGCAACGAGGAAGCUUACAUGGAGUCCUAUACUGAUCACGCUGCUCAGCAAUACAGAGGUCAGAAACACCCUUACAGAACCAGUCAUACCAAAAACCGAGAUACAUGUAACUUCUUGAAAGAUGUUGGUGGAAGUCCAACUCAUCCAUUAAUGAAAGCAAAAGGACUAGUAUCGAGUAUUCCUUAACCAACAAUUACAAAUACUUGUAUUACUGAAGUAAUACCGAAAUAUGAUGUAAUUAUGAACCAGAAAGUGUGGUGCAAACAAAGAGUAUGCUCACAUGUUGGCUCACUCACUGGUUCCCGCACUAAUGCCUUUUACACAUUAGACAGUUUCGGCAUAAUAUGCAUGCACAUAUCACGUAUUCGUAUCUUUUUUUGUUUGACGCCAUCAUGUCGGGUGCUACCUACAUGUAUGUGUAUGUUACUAGGUAGCCAUGUGUGUCAUCACAUACGGACGUGCAAAUCAUGCCAAAACUAAAUUUUUGCAACCUGAUACGUACCCAUGUACGUGUUCUGUACAUGUACAAACAUGAACUGUCGAAACUGUCUAAUAGUACAUGUGAUGCAUUUGCUUUAGUACUCUCUGUGCAGUACAAUGUCUUCAGUCAAUGAUAUUUCAGUCAAUAUGUAUGUACGUGAAGGUUGAAGGAAUAAAACUCCUACUAUGAACAUUGCCACAACAACCCAUUGAUCUUCACUACACCAUUAAGGUAUCUUACACAUGCGAGGCCAACAUGUCUUAACUUGAAGUUUUCCCCAAAGCAAUAUAUUGUUUUGUUCAAAAUAAUGCAAGUAGAAAGUCGCUAUGCAUUUGCUCUUCCUCCAUCAAUGAUUACGGUGGGUAAUUAAUUAAUUGAACUGAAGCUCAUACCUACUCUCUUCCUUGAAUUUAAGCUGCAUUUGAAAGCUGAAGUUACACAUUGUCGGUGACUGACCUAUAAGUUCACUUGAAUCAAUCAAAAAUAGGGCAAAAUGUAACGUUUUCUCAAACCAGCUAUAAAAACACUUCACUCUUAUUGACCUUGUACACAUUUACUCUGAACUGACUGGGGAUGCAGUAAAACAGAGAAACAAAAAAAAGGCCAGUUGCUUUAUUUUCACAAAAAGAACAAGUGUUUUCAGUUAUUAUAAAUCAUGAAGUCAAAUGGACGCUUUGCUAGUUAAACACAAGCCAACUUUUGACCCUUCUGUUGUGCUCGAAGGUCAACCCAAUUCAUCCAUGCAAUUUGACAACAGCAAAAAAUCAUGCUAGGAAAGGACAGAAAAUUAAGAGCCACUGUCAUUGUGAUGUCUAUCCUAAAGGUUUGGUUUGAAAGCAGGUAUACAUGUACACAAUGUACUCAUUUGUUUCCCUGCACCAAUAUGAAAACAGGUGUCGGGUGUCAUAUAUAUAUGUACUGUCAUUUGCCAAAAUUUUGCCAAAUUGUUACAGCUGGUCAGGUGACAAAAAACACAAAUUGGCCUGAAAUGCUUACCAAAAGUAAAAAGAAACUAAACCUUGCACACAGGGAGCAAGUAGGAUACAUGAAGGUCCAACCAUAUCAUUUGAUGCAUGAAUUUUUAUUAACGGCACAAACUG